CUGUGAGUGUUGAACUGAAGACAAGGGCGUUCUCGCUCUGCUGCUUCUUCUUCUUCUUCCUCUUUUCUAAAGCUCUAUCCUUUCUGUCAUUUUUUGAUUUUUUUUUGUUUGUUGCAGAGAGAAUGUGUGUUCUUUUUUGUUGUGGAGAAGAGAAGGAGGGUGAGAUAUAAAUAGGGUAGAGAGCACAAACAAAUUAAAACAGAGAGAGAGAGAGAGAGAGAGAGAGAGAGAGGAAAACAAUCAUGGGUAUGGAGGAGUUGGAAGGCUUGGAUUGUUGGCUCUUUUGACUUCAGCUUUCAUCUUGGCUCUGAAAACUAGAGGUUUGCAAUCUGAAAUGGAUUUCUCAGAGUCCACAACAGUAGUGUACAAUAGGAUCCAGAAGCUAGAGCCUGAAAAUGUCUCCAAGAUUAUUGGCUAUCUUUUGUUGCAAGAUCAUGGUGAGCGUGACAUGAUCCGGUUGGCUUUCAGCCCUGAUAACUUGAUCCAAUCUUUGAUUAACAAGGCAAAAACAGAGCUAAACAAACAUGCAAUGUCAUCUCCAAUCUCACCUUCUCAGGUGAACCAAGUGGUCGUUUCAGACCUGCCCAUUCAAUUCACUCCCUACUCUCCGAGUUUAACACGACCAAUUUCAUGUCCCACAACUCUUGGAACAACAAAUCCAUUUAGUAGGGAGGCCCAAUUUCUUGGUGAUCAGCAACCACUGCAAGCUGUAGAAUUCAUCCCACCAGGGUACUUGGAUUCUUCUGCUGAAGAUUAUUCCCUCCAGAGUCAUCAAAUGCAAUUUUCGCCAGACUUCUCGAACAAUUUCUGCUACCAUGAACCUGCAUUGGGCGUGAGGAGUCGAAGGUCUCCUAGCUUACCUGAUUUUCCUCUUAAGGUUUGCCAUUACUUUAGCAAGGGCUUUUGCAAGCAUGGAAACAACUGCAGGUACUUCCAUGGUCACCCCAUGCCGGAGAGCUUUUCUCAGUUUUUCUGCUCGAAUUCCAAUGAGCCUCAAGGAGAUGACCAUGUCGUCUCGCCUGGCUCACUUGAGAAGCUAGAAUAUGAAAUAAUUGAGCUUCUCAAAUCUCGAAGAGGGUUUCCCAUAUCCAUUGCCUCUUUGCCAAUGAUGUAUUAUGAGAAAUAUGGGAGGACUCUUCAGGCCGAGGGAUACCUUACUGAGAGCCAGAGACAUGGAAAGGCUGGCUAUAGCCUCACAAAGCUUCUUGCUAGAUUGAAAAACAGCAUUCGUCUCAUUGAUAGGCCUCAUGGACAGCAUUCGGUUAUAUUGGCUGAAGAUAUUCCAAAAUACUUGGAGUAUACUGGCGAGAAAACUGAACCUGGUGGAAUUAUUGCCGGCUCUCGACAAAUUUAUCUUACUUUUCCUGCUGAGAGUAAUUUCACUGAGCAAGAUGUUUCCAACUAUUUCAACAAAUAUGGGCCAGUUCAAGAUGUGCGCAUCCCAUGCCAGCAGAAGAGGAUGUUUGGGUUCGUCACCUUUCUUUAUGCAGACACGGUGAGACAUAUCUUGUCGAAAGGGAACCCUCAUUUUGUAUGUGGGGCUCGAGUUCUAGUGAAACCUUACAGGGAAAAGUCUAGACUUGUUGACAGGAAGUUUUCAGAAAAGAUGCAACAUCCUGCAUGCUACAAUUCACAUUACAUUGAUGCGGAGGCAGAGCUUCACUCAAUGCCAAGAGUUUGUGACAGUUCAAGACUGCUAAGAAAGCAAUUCAUAGAGGAACAUGAUCAGGUACUCGAGUGUGAGAGAAGGCGUCGCUCGGAAAUGCCCUUGCCACUCAAACCUAUGUCCCACCAUCAUCUGUUUUAUGGCUACUCUAGAUCUAUGGAUGAAUUCAAGCAUCCAGAAGCUCAUGCAGAACAAGCUGAGUUCCCCUCUGCAAAGGAAUUCAACAUAUUUCUGGAUAUUUGGAAUAAUGGUUCCACUAGUGAGGAAAAAAUCCAACAGAUAAACACUGAUUACAUUGACCGCCAGGAUAGCCAAGGUAUUUUACUCCCAGAGAGCCCAUUCGCAUCUGCAAUGUCAACAACUAUAUAGAGAUUAAGACAAACAGAAAUUAUAGAGGUACCGGAUUGCUACACUAAGAGACUACUAAUUCAUGCUUCGGAUACAAAAGAACAGACUUACAUAUUCUUCUGUUGCAUUUUCACUUUACCUCAACUUAAUCGGUCUGUUCAGUUAAUUAGAGUUCGUUCAUACCAACUGAAGAACAGAGGGACAGUAGAAAACCUUCCAUUCUCCCCUGGUAUGUGGAGGAGAAGAAUUCCAAGGAAGACAGAUACAAAGAGUUAAUAUGUCACAGGUUUUUAGCCUUUUUCAUUUCUUUUCCUCGUUACUUCUUUUAAUGUAAUCAGAGGUUGCAACUUGCAAGUGAGACUAGAGGCCCUAUAGGGCUUGUGGGUUAUUUACCGAAACAUAAGUAGUUUGCUAGUAGUUGAUGAUGAAAGUGGUAGUGGAAGAAAUGCAGGAUCUGCAGAGUAAAGAAGGGUGUAGAGAGAACUCUGCAGCAAUGAGAAACAAUAAAUUUUAAGUUAUACAAAGUUUAUGUUUGCCUUGGUGCAUAUCUGAAUUGCUAUUA